ACUAUGGUGGCUCACACUGUGCUGCUCGACUUUACCGUUCCUGCCAAUCAAAUUAAGGAUACUGAAAAGAGGACCAACCUCAAGUCAAAUAUCACCAAUGUGCUCAAGGAGCACUUUAAUGGGCUCAAAUAUCUCAAUGAACAUUUCGUCGACGAGGGUUUGCUGGUGCUAUUUACCGGACCAAGGAAUAGUCUCAUCACUGUCAGAGGUUAUUCCGAGGGUCUGGUCACUGUUAAUAUUGAAUACUUCAUGCAGGAAGGAGAUGACGCCCUUCUGUCAUACGACCAAUGGCGUUAUUUGGAAGCCGAUGUUGCCAUAGCUUUGAACAGCCAGCGCAGCAAACGUUUGCCACCUGUAAGACGAGGGACCAUAUAUGAUCUCUAUCUGACUCUCUCAGAUGAGAGAUUGCUCGAGUAUGACAUUGACAAACUGGUCUUUGAAACACGAUCGCCCUUCCAGAAAGUGCAAAUUGUACACUCAAAGUCUCUAGGUAAUAUGCUGAUUCUCGAUGAGUUACAAAACAUGUCAGAAGCAGAUCUUAUUUAUACCGAAACUCUCAUGCAGCGAGGCAAAGAAUGUUAUGAGGGUAAAGAGAUUGUUAUCUUGGGAGGUGGUGAUGGUGGCCUUCUGUAUGAAUUGCUCAAGGAAAAUCCGAAACACAUUACCAUGCUCGAGAUCGACAUCGUCGUAAUGGACGCUUGUAGUAAAUACAUGAGAAGUGUCUGCGGAGAUUGUUUGGACAAAAGAAAGACCGCUAAAUACGAGAUAAUUGUUGAUGACUGUGUUAAGACUUUAAACAAUAUGAUAGAAGAAGGACGUAAAUUCGAUUAUGUUUUCGGCGAUCUCACCGACAUUCCAAUAAGUACAACCCCUCAAGGAGAUGCUUGGGACUUUGUUAGAGAAAUUCUUAAUGCUUCCAUGAAAGUGCUGAAACCUAAUGGCAAAUAUAUGACUCAUGGAAAUGGAGCAUCAUGUCCAGAGUCACUAAAAAUGUUUGAGGAUGUUUUGGAUCAGCUUUGCGCUCCUGUCAAGUUUACCAAAGAUAGUGCAUUUAUACCAUCAUUCUUUGAAGACUGGAUCUUCUAUCAAGUCUCGCUUAAAUGAUGGAUUAGUAAGAGUCUCGAUAACUUGAGAACUAGCGCGAAUUACCGUCACAUUGUACCGCUAUACUUAUGACCCAAACUAUAUUCUAGUUUCAAUGUGCAGCUAAAUCUGUACAACAGUUCCUCUUUUGACUUUAGAUAGCACUUCAAAUAAGUUAUAAGUUGAGUAGUUUUUAAUUACCUCAAACUAACUGUAAAUAUUUAUCAUAUUGUAUGAUUUCAUGAACAAAAGUACUGUUAUUUGCAACUAAAGAAAGAGAAAAAAAAAAGUUAAUUGUUUCAAGUAAUUUGGUUGAAAUGGAAGAUUUUAGUAAAAACUAACCAAGUGAUUUUCCUCAGUAAAAUUUAAAUAAUGGUAUUUCUUUUUUUUUCCAUACCAAAGAGCAAUGUUAUUGUUAAUAUUUUUAUGUAUUUUUGGCACGAGUAAAACUAUAGUUUGUUUGACUCAACGUAAAGUUUUCAAUCGACCAAGUUUUAAUGCACUACAAAUUUCUUUUUAUUUGACAAAUAAACAUAGUUAUCUCUUAUGAUACUAAUAUGGAAUUGAAAACGUACAUUAGGUAUGGCUGUUAUUUAAAGUAAGUCAAGAAUGAAUGAUUUGUUAUAUAAAAUGUAUGCAAAGCUACAAAAAAAAUGCAUUAUAAUGACAGCUAUACAAUGUUACUAAACUAUUGAUUAUUAAAGUACGAAACUAUAUAGUAUUCUUGAGUUUUAAAAGAUAAUUUUUCACUCUUAAGUGAUCAACAACAUGGACUUUAGUCCCAAACAUCUUUGUAAGCUUAGUAUAUUCAUCUCCUUUUCAACUAGAUAAAUGUGUUCAAAUACUCAACGACUAACUGACUUGGUACUUCUAUAAAUUUUUAAAUAUUUUAAUAGAAAAAUGUGAAAUCAAAAGAGACAUGUGAAUGAAUGAUUUUUUUCUACACAGAAAUUUACAACGUUACCACGACUUUCCAGUGUUUUAGAAAAAAAUGAUUUUAAAGCAUUUUUGUGCCAUAUUCAAGAUAUCUUGUCCCUAUCUUUACUUGUUCAGCUUUUCACCAUUAUCUUUUAUACAACACAAAAAAUGCUAUUUCUAUAGUACAAAUGUCCAUACAUACCUAUUUUUCUUCGGCGAGCGUAUAUUGUUCGGAUUUAUUAAUGUAUUUGUAAACAGCGUAUGCAAGGCGUACGCGUUUAGUGAGGCUCAAACAUGACAAUGUCAAGAGGAAAAAACUUUAUCAACAAAAGCAUAGCGAGCUCGAUGAUUCUUGAUGUAUU